ACAUCGCCGACAGCGGUAAUCUUCCCUUUUUUCGUUAACGUGAAAUGUAACGGCGCUAAAUCUAAUCAAGGACGAUCAGGGAAUCCGGCCAUUCUAAUUUUACCGCGAAAACUAACGGCGGAGCAAACGUCCUCCCCGCCUUUAUAAGCGACGAUCAAAUUCAUUGGCGAUUCGAAAAGCCAGAUCUCUCCGUGUGAGAUCUAAUAUACAAAAUGGGGUCUCUGCCACCGUCGCUGGGAUUUCCGUCACCACCGAAAGAAGAGUCCAGAAUUGACGAGAAUACGCUAAUCGGCCUCUUCAAAUCCCAACAGAACCAUCUGAACUACUUUUUCCAGAACCUCGACCGGACGCAGACACUCUCCUUCACGCGGACUCUACUCAACACCCGGGGCACCAUCUUCUUCACCGGAGUCGGCAAGUCCGGGUUCGUCGCCAACAAAAUCUCCCAGACUCUCGUGUCGCUCGGCAUUCGCGCCUCAUUUCUCUCCCCUGUGGACGCGCUUCACGGUGACAUCGGCAUCGUCUCCAACCGCGAUGUUGUUGUACUCUUUAGCAAGUCCGGAUCAACCGAAGAGCUCCUCCGCCUCGUUCCCUGCGCUCGUGCCAAGGGCGCGUACCUGAUCGCUGUGACCUCCGUGGAAGGCAGUGCCCUCGCUGCUGUCUGUGAUAUGAACGUGCAUUUGCCUCUCGAGAGGGAGCUUUGCCCAUUUGAUCUAGCGCCUGUGACUUCCACGGCUAUCCAAAUGGUGUUCGGGGAUACUGUUGCCAUUGCAAUGAUGGGAGCCCGGAAUCUCACGAAGGAGGAGUACGCAGCGAAUCAUCCGGCUGGGAGGAUCGGCAAGAGUCUCAUUUUCAAGGUGAAAGAUGUUAUGAAGAAACAAGAUGAGCUUCCAGUUUGCCAGGAAGGAGAUUUGAUAAUGGAUCAGCUUGUGGAACUCACAAGUAAAGGAUGCGGCUGCCUGCUUGUUAUAGAUGAAGAACGUUAUCUGAUAGGAACAUUUACAGACGGUGAUUUGCGGCGUACUCUCAAGGCUAGUGGGGAAGGUAUCUUUAAGCUCACAGUGGGAGAGAUGUGCAACAGGAGUCCAAGAACAAUUGAUCCAGAAGCAAUGGCCAUUGAAGCCAUGCAGAAGAUGGAAUCCCCACCAUCCCCUGUGCAAUUUUUGCCUGUUAUCAAUCAUCAUAAUAUCUUGAUUGGCAUUGUUACAUUGCAUGGACUAGUUUCAGCAGGCCUUUGAUCUGUUAAAGAUCUUAUUCAUUUUAUUAUUCUUUGUGCCAUAUUGACAUAUUCUAUGUUAAAAAAAUUCAAAGGUCCCCCUAGGCAGUGUUCUUUGUACUCCUAUAAGGUAAUUAGUAUUCAAUAUUGUUUUUUUGUACUGGAGAAGCAAGUCUUCCAUACGAUUAUUAAUUUAUUAUAAAGUUAUGAUUACAAUAGUUGAUA